AUGUCACAAAUUCCUUUGGAUCACCCAUGGUCAUCAUUUAUUCCAUCACCACCACCUCCAGUCGUCAACACCAAUCCGUUUCGAACGGAUUCCAUUCCUAAUGGUCCGAUCAAAGACAAAAUUCAACAAUUUCAAAUGGAGCAUGACUUGGAUCGUGACAUCAACGAGUCCACCUCCGAUUCCGUUUCUUCUUCCUGUUGUCUGUUUUUACAACUUCUCCCAUCUGAAAUUCAAGUUCAUAUCGCUACCUAUCUUUCAGUGAAAGAUAUAUUUCAUUUGGCUCUCACUCAUCGAAAGCUUGUCAAACUCUUCUUCAAUCAAACACCAAAACGAGUUCAAUUUCUUUCAUUAUUUCGAGAAAUUAAAGUUGAUCAAGAUUUUAUGUGGAACGGAAAUACUGAACUGAGAUCCUUGAAUCAAAUGAUCACGACUAAAGAAAUGGCUUCUGAAUAUCAUAAAGAUGAAUUGGAUGAUACGUUUAGAAUGGUUCAACAACUCAUUUGGAAAUUUCACGUGUGUCGUUAUUUCCCUCGAUUCGAAUAUUCUGCUGUGAACAUUCAGAAUUGGAUGCAUGUGUUGAGAAGACGAGUGGCUCACUUGAAAUUACAUUCGCCACAUUUAUUGCCACUCUUUGAACAUGAAGAGAAAAUUCGAAAAACACAACAGUUUCGAAAGCAAUUAUUGAAGAAUGAAUUAUCAUCGUUCAAUUCGAACCAUGACAUUCCACCACCACCACUUGUUUCUUACAAUCCUUUUUACAAUGAGGUUCAAGAAUUUGAUGGAGUCAAUCCAUUCGAAAUUGAUAGUGUUGAAAAUUGUGAAUGGAUUUACAAGUGUCCUUUAGAUUUCUUUCAACUCGACACAAACAAACCAUACGAUCCAUACAGUUCAGAGACACAAAAAUUUUGUACACAAUGUUCCAAAACAGUGUACAAAGUAAAUACCGUUGAAGAAUUAGAAUUUCAUGCAAAAGAGGGACAUUGUGUGGCGUUUAUGAGACCAAUACCGCUCUUACCACCCUUAAUGGGAGUGCCAAUGCCUUUCAAUCCAUCUGAGCCUCCACCAUUUGUGUUGAUUCCAAAUACAGGAGAAAACAUUCCACCUCCUCCAUUCUCAGGUGUUCUAGGGGAAGGGACAAGUAUAGGAUCGUCAACAACAAAUGGUACUACAUCAAACACAAAUUCUGAAGGGGAGAUUCCUCCACCACCUCCUUCUUUGUAG